AUGGUCAGCCCUUCUCUGAAACGAAACUCCGACCACCUCUCCGCUCCAACAGCGGAGAAAAAAUGGGUCUCAUCCCUCACCCCGGAGCAGAAGGAGUUAUUGCAGUUGGAAAUUGGUACUUUGGAUGAAAGCUGGCUGGCCCACCUCAAGGAUGAACUGAUCACAUCCGAGUUUUUGAAUCUGAAGCGCUUUCUUAAGAAAGAGAAAGACUCGAAAGCCAAAAUCUUUCCUCCGGAGGACGAUGUCUAUUCCUGGUCUCGGCAUACCCCUCUUCACACUGUCAAGGUUGUCAUCAUUGGUCAAGAUCCUUACCAUAACGAUAACCAAGCACAUGGCCUCGCGUUCUCGGUACGCCCGCCGACUCGAGCUCCACCAUCAUUGGUGAACAUCUACAAGGGGAUUCAGAAGAACUAUCCUGAGUUCCAAGCACCACCUAACAAUGGAGGCCUUCUUACCCCUUGGGCGGACCGGGGUGUUUUGAUGCUCAACACAUGCCUCACGGUUCGGGCGCAUCAGGCCAAUAGCCAUUCCAAUAAAGGGUGGGAGCGAUUCACUCAAAAAGCAAUCGAUCUAGUUGCUCGUGUUCGAACCCACGGAGUUGUUUUCCUUGCUUGGGGAAAGCCUGCUGGGACACGGGUGGCGAAAAUCAAUAAACAGAAGCAUUGCGUGUUACAGUCGGUUCACCCGAGUCCGCUAAGUGCACAUGGGGGUUUCUUCGAGAACGGCCACUUCAAGAAGUGUAAUGACUGGCUAGCAUCGCGAUAUGGUGCCGAUGAGAUUAUCGACUGGAGCUUGGUCCCAAGUAAGAAGAGUGUGGUAUCCGUUUUGCCUUCCGCUUUGCCUUCCGAUAAGGAGAAUUCAUCGGAUCUUGCCAAUGUUCCUUCAUCGACACCAAAGGCCUCCACGGACAAGUGCCCGGAGAAGCAAAAUGAGGAUGUGGCCGUCAAGCCUUGCCCUGCUGCGGCAGAUGAAUUUGAGGAUGACGAUGCUCUAGAAGCUCUUAUUGCAGCAGAGGCCGAGGAUGAAUCUACGAAGAACAUGUGA